CGUCUGUAGUAUAGGUCGUGGGGGUGCUGUGAGCGUUGCGUCGUCUGUGAGCGGUGUUGUGUCUGUGAUGAAACUGUGUCGUCAGAACUCAAGGAGCGGUUACUCCCACAGUAACAGCCUAUGUAACUCUUUUUACUGUUGUGAAUUCUAGGUGCAGUCGUAAAGGAGUUGCAACUGGUUCAUUCACUUUUUUUUUUUGUCAAAAGUCUUUGUGGCGCAACUUCUUAAAAAAGUAUGAUAUUUAUGGGUAUGGAGUGACUGGAAACUGGAGAGAACACUAGUAUUCAGUGAUGUUAUGUAAGAGUAUCUCGUCGGAAUGAGUUACCCUAAUAAACGUUGUGACUAUUUUGAUAUAUCAUUUAAAUGUGGGCUGUGCCUGAUGAAGGCAAGAUAAUCCUCGCCGCCGGCCCGCCACGCCACCUGGCCUCCGACCGACCGCCGCCGCCGCCGCAUUCCUUCGCCGCCGCUCGCCAUGGCAGCACCCGAGGCCCCGCUGCCCUGCGGCCGCCCCCUUGCCGCCGCGCUCGCCCUGGCACUGCUCGCGCACGUGGGCAUCGCUGCGCCGCGGGACACGGCCCGCUUGCGGCUUCUUAGAGAGCGCGAGGAAGUGGCCCGGGCUUGGGCUCUGGUAUGGCUGCAUUCAGACGAACAUUUCUACCCAAGCGAUGUUCAAACGUUUCUGAGCCAAGUCACCCCCAAUAACCUUCUUCCGUUUAAGCCCCUGAGUACUGUUUCGCCACUGAAUGUGAAGGCAGGGUCGACCACCAUCAAAGUGCCUGUUCUUCCUGUUGGUCCAGCGAGUGAGGACACCUUAAUGGCGUACUUUGACCAAGAAUGCUCAAACUGCCACCUUCCGAAGUUCCUGUAUGGAAAGAAGCCCACUACCAGCCACUCACCUGCCGUAUAUGCCGUGAUCCACUCCUGCCACUCGUCACCCGUAAGAACAUCCCGCCACGUGACCACAUCUUACAGUGACAGUUUCUCCGGCAGGGGAAGACUUUCACUGCGUUUGUCAGAGCAAGAUUUUGCUGCUGACGCUCCUCUCGGUACCUCUGCCCCGGCCGAGCACUCUUCACUCCUGCCUUUCCCGCAGGCGCCUUCAACCGCCCCAUCCACACAAGCUUACGCAAGAAACAUUGUGUCAACGUCGCCAGCACCUGCCAACAUCCAAGUGGUCCCCUUUGACAGAGGGGCAAAAAGUGAUAAUGAUAAUAGACCGUAUUACGACAAUAGGAAUGAUAACCCUCCUGCUGAGGAGGGUGAGGGAAUCACUUCAAAUUCAAAUUAUACAGAAUCCCACAAUUACCCAAAUUUGUAUGGUGAAGACAGUACUCCGAGGCCCUUGACAUCCACAGUUGUUUCUGUUCUUAAUAGUACAAAUCAUGGCAUGCAUAAAUCUAGUGAGAAAAUAGCAACGACAUUUGCUUUGGGUACCCUGAGUGAUCGGAGCGAAGGCGCCCACUCAUAUCACUUGAAUCACAAUGAGGAUGACCAGCUCUCAACUCAACGACCGGUCAGAACGAGGAAACGCGAAAUAAGCGAGGAAAGUCAAGUGUUCACAGUCACUUACUGGAUGUUCUACCCAUACAACCACGGGAAAGACGUGUGCACGAUUAACCUUGGAUAUUACCUGGGCCGCAUGUAUAAGCCGCCAGUCAAUGGAAGCUGCUUUGGGGAGGAGGUCGCCAUGGGAAAGCAUGUUGGAGACUGGGAACAUGUUUCGAUCCAGUUCAGAGGCAUUGUACCGCUGAAUAUGUACGUAUCAUCACAUAACUUUGGUGCUUACUAUCAGUAUGAUUCCUACCAUCAACACUUUGAGUACUCUGGGCAGGAUACAAGGAAGGGCAUUCCAAUGUCUCCUGAAUAUCCUAAAAGAGUCAGAGUGGAGAGUUCUCACCCAGUAUUAUAUUCGGCCCUGGGAUCACAUGGUCUGUGGGCGGCGCCAGGACUGCACCAAUAUAACCCAUUCCCGCAACUACAAGAUCUCACGGACGAGGGAACCGAGUGGCGUACGUGGCUUAAUCUGGAUGUCAUCGAUUUGAAAGAUCGCGCAGCGCUGACGCAACCACACAGGCAAUGGCUGGGUUACGAAGGUCGAUGGGGUAAUCCAAAGAGCAAAUGCCAUACACUUAUGGCUGGCUUCUGCGAGCUUAACCAAGGACCGACCGGAAUACCCAAGAAACGCAUUAAUUUCCCGUGUAUUCGGAAACCAUGAGGUGAAACAUCGAACAAUCGGGAAUAAAUGAGAGAAAAAACGGAAGAUUUGUAAUGCACCAACUUAUAAUAAUCUAAUAGAUUUGCAUAUAUUUUUUGAUAGAAGCUCUUCAUGUCUGCUGAUAUAAUAUCGGCGAUGUCAAGUGACGAAUAUCUCAUGUACUAUUCGAUACUUACACGUAUUGUAUCUGUCUGUUGUAGUUACUGUUGUAUGUUGAUAAUGUUGCAAAUUAUAUCUCAUCUUCACUGAAAAAUACUCAACAUUUUAUUUGAGUUAUUAUUAUUUUGUUAUAUUUUUGAUGAAUAACUGAUAAAGUAAUGUGUCCUAAAUAAAAGAAUAAAAAAACAAAUAAAUAAAUAAAAAAUAAAAAAAACAUGUGUUUCUGUAUCAUUUUGUUUCACAAUGAGCACAUUGAGUAUUUUGUUAAUGAUAGUUCACACACAAAU